AUGGUCUUCACCGACACAGCAACCGGUCGAACCAUGGCCAUGAUGGCUAACACAACAAUCGCCUCGGGCCUACCGCCCUUGCCCGCCUACGAAACCCGGCCGCUUCCGGACCUGCUGCCGUGGAUUUCGGACUUUUGGCUGUCGCUUAUCCUGCCGCACAUCGCCUACUGGGUCGUAUCCAUGCUCUUCCACAUUGUCGACGUUUACGACCUCUUCCCUCAGUAUCGCCUACACACCCCCGAAGAGAUCAGCCAACGUAAUCUUGCGUCCCGCUACGAGGUCGCUCGCGAUGUCCUCCUCGAACAAGUAAUCCAGAUCGGCACCUCGGCUGUGCUAAAUCUCCUCGACGACCAGCAGCUCACCGGACACGAGAACUACGAAAUUGCCGUCUGGGCGACGCGCAUCCGCCUGGCUCAGCGUGGUCUCCCCACCAUUCUUGGUCUCGUUGGACUGAAUGCCGGCGACCUUUCCAAGACCAUUGCUAGCUCAUACCCGCUACUUGCUGGCGCGCUUGCUGGCGGUUUCUACCCAUCCCUCUUCGAGCUCGAUAACAUGGCCGGCACGGCUGUUCCUGCGUUCGCGUCCUGGGAGAUUCUCUUGGCCAAGGCCAUCUAUUGGAUCGUCAUUCCUGGCAUCAAGUUCUGGUUGGCCGCUUUUGUCCUCGAUAGCUGGCAAUACCUCUGGCACCGCGCCAUGCACAUGAACAAGUGGAUGUACACCAAGUGGCACGCUCGUCACCACCGUCUCUACGUUCCCUACGCCUACGGUGCCCUCUACAACCACCCCGUCGAGGGAUUCGUGCUCGACACCCUCGGUGCCGCCAUCGCCUACAAGUGCUCCUUCAUGACCUCGCGCGAGGGUAUGUUCUUCUUUGUCGGCAGCAUGAUGAAGACGGUCGACGACCACUGCGGAUACGCGCUGCCCUGGGACCCCCUGCAGCACAUCACCAGCAACAACGCCGCCUACCACGACAUCCACCACCAGAGCUGGGGCAUCAAGACCAACUUCUCCCAGCCCUUCUUCACCACCUGGGAUAGAAUCCUUGGCACCAUGUGGAAGGGUGACACCUCGAUCAAGUACGAGCGCACGAGGGCUGCGGCGGCCAACAAGAAGAAGGGCGUCAAGGGUGAAGAGUUGAAGGACGAGUAA